AUGACCUUACACGGGUUUCUACGUGCAACCUUUGCUGCCACUCUUGUGACAACCAUAGUUGCAUCUAAGUGCCAUCCAAACUACCCAAAAUCUCCAAAUCUGACAUCUGUAGGUGCAGAUGGUUCUGGCUCCUCGGCAGGUGUGCAUGAGACAUUCUCCGAGAGUGAUGAAGUUAUCAUCAGUACCUCGCUCUUGGCUCCGCCUUACGUUGGACCGACUACUUCACCUCUCGGCAGUGGUUUAUCUCUCGGAGAUGCUCCCAACUACGGGGGUAACAUGCCAUCCAUUAUAGCAACUUCCAACACCGCCAGUCAGGAUCUGUUCCCAACUUCUGAUGGAGCAGAUGUUACUGCUGUACCAACCUCUACAGAGUUGGCACAGAUUCCGUCACAGCAAAGAACAACUGGUGACUCUCUGGUCCCUAUCAUUGAGUCUCCUGCAUCAUCUCUUCCUUCAGCUGAAACUUCAUUGCCAACUAUUCCUUCCGAUGAUUCCUCUGCCGAAUCUGGUCUUCGCUCAGAAGGUCCUCAUUCUCAAAUUCAGGAAUCUACUGUCUUAGUUUCAUUACCUGAGGAUACCAAGUUGAGUUCUGAUGCCACAGCCAUCUCCAAGACAACCACAACCAGAGUCGAGUCUGUCCCCUCAUCAGACCAGGGACGCUCUCGUCAGUCUACGGAGACUGGGAUGGACCAAACCGGGCAUCCUAUCGUUGGUGCAUCAACAGCUUCAUCGGAUGUUGGCUUACAAACCUCUCGCGAGGUUAUAGUCACUUCCACUUCAGAAAGACUCCCUGCUCCUUCGACCACAGAUGGCCUCUCGGCAUUCCCUCCAGGAUCAAGCAAUAUUCCCCAAGCUCCGGUAUCGGGAGAGUCAACCGGGUCAUUCACUACGGACAUCCCUUCAAAGUCUUUCAUUGAGUCUAUCCCAGGUACUCUUGCUCCCAGUCAAAGCUUUCCGUUAGGAUUUGUUGAUUCAACGGGCUUGCUUUCAGCUUCUCUAUCUACACACCUUCCAGUCAGCAUAUCCAUUCCCCUGACAGAUGUUGCUUCUACUGGAGAAAUCACUAUCACGUCAAAUACAGAGAAAGAAGAUCCAUUGCUCACUCAUACAUCGUUUCAUCUGUCAGUUUCAGCAUCAGAGCGACCCGAAUCUGGAAAAACGUCGGUGGGUGGUGAAGAUACGACUGGUUCGCCACCUGCCGACGGAACUAUACCCUCGCUAGCCACUCCGAUCCCUUCUGAACCAACUUCUGGUAUUUCUUUUGGCACACAUCAUUCCAGCCCUGGUGAUGGAUUCACUGGUACCAUCACCACGCCCAAUUCGCCCGACGUUACACAGUCUCCAGAGUCAGACAGGCACACUAGCCCAGUAGCUUCCAUUGGCGGAAGCUCAGAAACCUCACCUUUUGAUACAGAUAGUCAUUCGGUGCCCGGAGAAGACACAAUGAUCCUUUCUUCUCCGGAGACAAGCAACCCCGGGGCUACUAAGGUUCCUCUUUCGGACACCGCAGUCCCUUUUCUCAGCAAUACAGUGACGUCCGAAACCCAGAUCCCGAAUUCUAUUCAUAUGUCCACUGUUGACACAGAGAAGCCAUCGCCGCUUCCAGUGACAACAAUUUCACCAGCAGAGACCACCCCAACAGCCCCUUCAGCAACUAAUGGCAACGAUGAUAAUGGAGAGAAAGAUGAGGACAACACUGAUGAUAACGAUGAUGAUGAUGAUCACGACAACGACGGCCCCACCAUUGUUCCCAUACCGAUCCCAAUUCGUCCACCCAAGCCUGGCGAUGGCAAGGGUGGAGACAAGCCAAAUGAUUCGAAUCCAACCAAGGAGCCGCCCAAGUCCACGAAAGGAACCGAAUCGACCUCGUCCUGCGCUACAAGCAUAAGUAUGACGUGGGAAAGCGUUUUGUGUACAGUCACAGCCGCCGUCACGACAGGGAAGCCCGCAUGCACCACUCAAGCCUUCACAACAGUUGUUUCUUGUAGUGGAACCACGUCCUCGGCGACUACGCGCACUACAACGGUCCAAGCUGCUCAAUCGACUUGGGCUUGUAGACCAGGAAAGUGUAGUGGAGGGAAAUGUGGCCUUGCGAAACGAGGAACCAUCAAGCGAGCCACAGAACCGCCAAAAUGUAAAUGGCCUGGGCCCGAGAACUAUGCGGAUCCCGAGACUUUCAUUGCUGCAGAAGGGAGUCUCGCCAAGUCCAAUGCCGAUGACGCCAAAAGCUUACAUGUCGUGCCAUUACCCGAAGGUGGUUCGACAUCGUCCAAGAGAAUCCUCUUCAGCGAUGAACCUAUUUCUCUCUCGGUACCUCAUCUUGUGGGAUGUACUUCUAUCAUAGUGGUUUCUAACAAAGGCGCGUGGGCCAAUCACAUCUGGGAGGAGCCGGUCUUUAAGCCAAUGGCUGAUUUCGACACGGCCGAUGGAAGCUGGUAUAUCCCUCAGCUAAUGCCAGACGAUAUUGAGCAGCUCGGCCAACCUGUGGAACAAUUUCCGGCUCAGAAACAGCUUGACUUCUUCAGAUACCAUGCCCUUGACCGACUUCACACGCCAUACGAUGAGGUUCCGACACGCGCAACUGCCGAGGACCACGAAUUCGGUCUUGAUGAGUUGAGAAAAGCAGGACGCAUUUUCGACGACGACAGUGACCCGCAUAUUUUCUUCUUCCUUCCAUACAAGAUUAUCGAGGAAGAGAGCGACGACCAGUACAAUGAAGAGAAUCCUGUCGGACUUCCGCCCAUGUGGGACAGAGAUGGAGCUCCAAGCCCGAGAGCUGAUGAAGAUGGACCCACGUUCAAUGAUCAACUCCGGUCCGAGAUAGCAGACAUAUUCCCAGACAUACCGAUCGAGACAGUCAUGUACGCGGCUGACUUGGAAAGCGACCCUGAAGACAUCGAGGGUAUCAACCCUAGGGGCAGAGCUAUGGUGCAGUAUCAGCCAGGCGAUACUUCGGAUUGCGAUACAAAGGCAAGGUGGAGGAUAUUCUUCGAGAGGCAGCUAGAGCCUAUGAAAGAGGUUGAAUGGACUCCGUUACUGGAUCAAGGCGCGCAAGACUCACAGUGGUGCGACCCUUCAGAAGGCAAGAAACUUCGAGCUCGGGCAGCGUGCGAAAUCAGUGCUACAGCAUCACUUCCUAGCCUUCCUACGUUGAUCGGUUCCAUCAUCGAUGUUUUGAAUCCUACUAAGCCAAGUCUUCCGGACUUCACGCAACUACUACCAUCUGAUUUACCCACCGAGACACCAACCUCCCAGUCCUCUGCCCCUGCGACGACAAGCACGACAGCCAACGCGGACCCUACGCAGUCCACUACACCAUUCGCAGACACCGGCAGGACGGAUUGCUACGAUGCCAAUAGCUUCUCUCACGAGGAUACCACGUCUGAUGUCUUUGUCAAAGUCACUGAGAAGUUCUGCAAGUCCUUGGAAGGGGUUGAGCUUGACUCCGACUCGGAUGACAUCUCUGAACUGUACAAGGACUCUACGACGGGUGAGCAGUACGCUUAUACUGUCUCUUGGGUGGCUGGAUGUGUCACGGAUCGAAAGAGUCAGGAACUCACCGACCCGACGGAGAUGGGAUCGCCCAACUGCAAAGAGAUGUUUGGUUCAUCCUAUCACUUUUGUAACGAGGAUGGACCUCAUCUCGGAGGAACUACACAAUUUGGAUGCGUUCAGUAUGAUGUCAAGGCUGGAUGGACCGGAGAAAAUUGA